AUGAACACACCAAAUAUGCUAAGACUCCAAGAAAAUCCGACUUUUUUAACAAAAUUCCAGAAAUACACAGACUCAGAAGUAUUAAGAGACAUUUCUAAUAUAGAAAAAGGAUUUGUAAGUGCAUCUCAGCCUGAAACUUCUGUACAUAAUGAGCACAGAGUUCUUCUCAAGGAUUUUCAAGUUAAACUAGCAAAAAGACUAGCUGUAAAUAAUGGAGAAUUUAAACCCGAAAAUCUGAGAUGGUUUGAUAAUUAA